AUAUGGUCAGGCGUCGUUAUCAAACCCGCUGCUGACACUAUAAAACGCGCUCCACAUUUAACACUUUUAAUAGACUACUUUAACACUUCAAUACUUGUACUUUUAACAGUUUUAUUAUACUUUGAAAACUUUAAUACUUUGAAAAUUUUAAUACCUUUAACACAUUUCAACACUUUUAACACAGAGGUCUGCUUUUUUGGAGGAGGGCCAGAACUACUGACACGGAGCAGCGGUUCAACCCGGACCGGACACCCCGUUGCACCAGGAGGGAUGUGGCUGCUUGCAGUGUUUGUGCCCCUGAUGCGGGUCUAUUUAUGCGGCGUUAAAGUGCUUUUUUAUCAGCUGUUCAACAGGUCUUUCACGUUACCAGGUGACUCCGCGUCGUGCGUCGCCUCCGACCCUAGAUGGACUUCCUUCCCAACGAGCCCCCGGAGUUCCGAGGCAUGGGUCCCGGGGGGGCGGCCUCGUCGUCGGGCAUCGCCCUCAGCGCGGGCCCCGGCCCCCACCUCGUGGCCCACCCGCGGGCCAAGAGCAAAGUGUGGCGCUACUUCGGCUUCGACACGGACUCGGACGGCUGCAUCGUGCACUGGAAGAGGAUCUACUGCCGCGUGUGCAUGAGCCAGAUCGCCUACUCGGGCAACACCUCCAACCUGUCCUACCACCUGGAGAAGAACCACCCGGCCCAGUUCGGCGAGCUGGUCAAGAGCAACGCGGGUCCGGGUCACCCACCGCAGCAGCAGCACCAGCAGCGGGUGGGCGUGGCCACGGCCACCGCCCGCGCGCCCAAACCCGAACCCCAGGGGGCGAGGACGAUGUCGUCGUCGUCGUACGGGACGCAGGCGGCGUCAGAGCUCGUGCUCCGGUCAGGGUUCGCGGCCGGCGGUGUCGGCGUUGCCGGCGGCGACCGCAGACGCCCGGACCUGACCCGGGCGGUGUGCGACUUCGUCUGCGAGGGGAUGCACCCGGUCUCGGUGGUGGAGGAGCCCACGUUCCAAGCGCUCUUGCGCGCGGCGGACCCCCGCUACGCCCCGCCCACCAAGCACGAGCUGGCGCUGAAGCUGGUCCCGCGGGCGUACGAGCGGGCGCGAGAGGCCGCCCGGGCCACGCUGGCGGGCGUGACGAGCUGCGGCGUGACCACGGACCUGUGGCGGAGCCCCGCCCACGACCGCGCCUACGUCACACUGUCGGUGCACGCCGUCACCCGCGGCGGCGGCGGCUUCGCGGCGACGAGCACGUGCCUGAAGACGUUCUCGGUGCCGGGGGAGGACCCAGCGGAGACGGUGACGCGCGCCCUGUACGAGGCGCUGGCCGACUGGGGCGUGGUGCACAAGGUGAGCGGCGUGACCACCGACGGCUCGCCGGACGUGGUCAAGGCGUGCUCCCUGCUGGAGCUCUCAGUGCAGAUGCCGUGCCUCGGCCACGCCCUGGGCCGCGCCGUGGGUGAGGCCUUCCGCCUGCCCCGCCCCCAGGCCCUCCUGGCCGAGUGCCGCAAGCUGGUGGAGCACUUCAGGGCCACGGCGGCGGCCGGGUACGCGCUGCGGGAGCAGCAGCGCCGCCACGGAAUGGCGGAGCGCCCCCUGGUGGCGGACGGCGCCGGCGGCGGUGGCUGGCUGUCCACGCUCGCCAUGCUGCGGCGGCUGCAGGAGCAGCGGGCGGCGGUGGCGGCGGCGCUGGGCGACGUGCCCGCCGGGCAGCGGCUGAGCUUCGAGGCGUCGGACUGGGCGCGGCUGGAGGCCUGGGUGGAGCUGCUGCGGCCGGUGCGGGCGGUGACGGAGCUGCUGGCGGCCUGCCGCUACCCCGCCCUCAGCACGGUGCGGCCGGCACUGCACAUGCUGCAGAGCGCCGCGCUGGCCGCGCGCGACGGCGACCUCAAGGAGAUCGCCAUGGCCAAGGAGGCGGUGGCCCGGGCGCUGGCCGCCGCCUACUCCCAGCCGCAGGAGGUCGCCGCCUUCCUCAACGUGGCGGCCUUCCUGGACCCGCGCUACAAGCGGCUGCCCUUCCUGUCGGCGGCGGAGCGCGCCCAGGUGGAGGCGCAGGUGGUGGAGGAGGCCAAGGCCGUGCUGGAGAAGCUGGGCGCCGAGGCUCCGCCCUGCCCCGGGGGCUUCUCCCCCCCCUCGGAGGAGGAGCCUCUCCAGCCGCCACCGUGCAAGAAGCCGCACCUCAACCCGCACCUCAACCCGGACCUCAACCCGGACCUCAACCCGGACCUCAACCCGGACCUCAACCCGGACCUCAACCCGCACCUUAACCCGCACCUCAACUCGCACCUCAACCCGCACUUCAGCCAGGGCCAGGACAACCCCCUGGCGGCCAUCUUCCUUCAGUCGGACUCGGACCAGACGCAGGAGGAGCUCCACGCGCAGGCGGUGGAGGAGCUGGGGAACUACAAGGCCCAGAGGCUGCUGGGGCUGAACGAGGACCCCCUGGCGUGGUGGAGCAGCCACGCCCCGCUGUUCCCCACGCUGGCCCGCGUGCUGCAGAGGUACUGGUGCGUGCCGGCCACCAGCGUGCCGUGCCACCGGCUCUUCGGUGUGGCGGGUGGCGGCGCCCACGCCGGGAAGAGGGCCCGUCUGGGCCCGCCCGCCCUGGUGGACCAGCAGGUGUUCCUGUACGAGAACGCCCGCGGUUACCAUGACGCCGAGCCCAGCGACGCGGAGCUGGAGGACGCCAUCUUGUGGGACGGAGGCGGUGCGCUCGUGGCGCCGCUGGAGUGACGGGGAAGAAGUAGAGCGCAAAGUUUUUUGGAUAAAACUGCUGAAAGACGUUUUUGGCGGGAACGACAGAAGAGCGUCACGUUUUUAGAACAAAUUGGGGAAAAAAACGCAGUAGGCGGAUAAUAGAAAUUUCAGAGUUACGUUUUUUGCAUAAACUGGGCGGGAAAACCAAUUGAGGCGCCAUUUUUGCGAUGGUUUUCAUAUUGACAACGGAUAUCGGAAAUGAGUUUGAAGAUGUUCAGUAGGUGUGUGGGGGAUAUCACUGUGUUCUGUGAUGAGGAUUUAACCCUGUGGUCCGUAAUGUAUUCAUAAUGAAUAAAUAUAGCCAAGUGAAACUCU